GGACAGAAGAGGCGGAGGGCUUUGGGUGUUUGAAAGGACUGCCAGGUCACCACCAUGGCGGAGGUAGGCAGAAAACAGCCAGAUCUUGAAGGCUGAAAAACACGGAGAUCAGCCAGAUGAUGCCAGAAGCAAAGGACACUAAGCGAAUCACUGCUGUGCCUUAUCUGUGCCUUAUUUGUGCCCUGCUGUGUGUGUGUGUGGCAAUGUGUUUUCAGGCAAAGCCAGCAGUUGACAAGAAGGUGCUGCACAAGGCGUUGAACAAGCGCGGCAAGACCAAGAAGGACAAGUAUGGCGUCAUGAGCUACGCCAUCUGGAUCGGCGCCGUCAUCGCCCUCAUCGUCGGCGGCGUCGUCAUUCUCAUCAUCAACCCAGAGAAGAAACCACACCAGGUCUGCCUGCUGCAGACAUGGCAGACGACAUCCAAUGGCAUGCACACACACGCGUCGGCUCGUGUAUGUAUGUGUGUGUAAUCUCUGCAGAUGGCUGUGAACGAUGACCUGCUGAUAGCUCAGAUCAACUCGGUGUCAACAUUGUUUAAGGCUGGCGCGUCGGCUUUCUUUGAGGUGAGCAUCCAAUCAACCACACAUCCGUCCAUCCAUCCAUCCAUGUGUGUGUGUCCAUUUCUCUGUACUACAGAAUUGGUCGAUAGGCGACGUCAAGAAGCGUGCCGGCAUUGGGCUCACCAACCGGGUCAACCCACACCAGUGCAACGUCAACACCAAGAUGAAAAUGCCGGCGGAAUUCGACGCCAGGGAGAAAUGGCCGGCGUGCUUCAAGCACCCGGUAGGGAGAGGGAGAUGGGCACACAGACGGACGGCACGGAUGCCUCUGCGUCUGUGUGUAUGUAAUGUCAGGUGUAUGACGCCGGCAACUGCACAAGCACCUGGGCCAUCAUGGGUGCCUCGACGGUGUCCAACCGGUUCUGCAUCCAAGACCCUAACACCUACUCGGCACUCAGACUCAGCCCACAGGUAGGCGGCCACCCAUCCAAUUUGCAAUGCGUGUCUAUCACGCGCCCUGAGUGAGUGUGGGUGUAUUGUGUGUGUGCAGACAUCGCUGUCUUGUGACACGCUGAACCGAGGGUGCGAUGGAGGGGACCUGGACACAAUGUGGUUCCACUAUGAGAAGGAGGGGCUCGUCACCGAGAAGUGCUUCCCGUAAGACAACCAACCACACACACACCACACACACACACACGGGCCACGGUGUGUGUAAACGGGUGCGUCCGUCAGUUAUACUGCCGAUCCUGAUGUGGGCUGCGAGGAGAAGUGCAACGACGAGCAGCCGCUCAAGAUUGUCGCCCACUGUCUCGUCCACUCAGAGGACGGAAUCAAACGGUACACCCACUCAACACACAACAACACAGCUUCGUUCGUGUGUGUCAUUUAAUGACUGACUGACAGUGAGGUGCUGCAGAACGGCCCAGUUGUGGCGCCAGUGACGCUCAACGACGACCUCCUCGUAUACAAACAGGGCAUCUACAAGGUGAGUGAGGCGGAGCCACCCGCGGACGCACGCAGUGCAGUGGACGGAUGCAUCAUCAUCAUGUGUGUCUGUCUGUGUGCUGUUGUUGAUUUAGCCGCUGGCCACGGCCAAGAGGCUGGUGACGGACAGGCGGUACCCCGUCAUACACGCCGUCAAAAUCAUCGGUGGACCCUACACACAUACACACACAAGACAUACCAGAGAGAGAGAGACGGCUGGAUGUCUGUCUCUCUCUCUGUGUGUGUUGUGUGCGUUGUGUGUGCCGUCACACAGGUUGGGGCGAGAAGAACCGUCAGCCGUAUUGGCUUGUGGAGAAUGCCUGGGGCGAGGACUGGGGUGAGGGCGGCUACGCCAAGAUCGCCAUCGAGAGGGACACCAAAGACAAAGACGACCACACCAAAUCGGUCGUACUCAGCUACUGCUUCGCACGUGAGUGAGACCCCAUCCAUCCCCCCUCUCUCCCCACCAAUAUCAGACGCAUCUCAAUGCGUGUGUGUGUGUGUGUGUGCAGCCACGCCAUCAAACAAGGUGAUGGAAGAGCAGAGCACCGCUGGCCGAGGAGGGGACGAGGCCAAGUAUGAGGCCGACCUGGACUUGGCGGCCGACGACCUGCUGGCCGAAGAUGAAGAGGAGGAAGAUGAGGAAGAGGCAGAUGAGGGUGCCGAGGGGGACGAUGAUGAGGAACACGCUGAGGAGGAUGUCGCACUGGAUGAGUGAAUAGGCAGGCAGGCAGGCAGGAUGG